GUUCCAAAAUGGAGUAUACAUUUUUUUUCCUCCGGAAUGUAUUCACGGUACUCACUUUGCUGUGUUUUACAAAGUGAAAACAAGAUAUUUCUGACUCGAUGUAAAUAAAGAAACUAAACUGUCGCGACAAUGACUAGUUCAACAAAGAGCCAAGGUCCACCAACCCUAGGCUUCCCCAAGCGGUAUGGGAUCACUGAUCCUAUCAGUGAGGAUCUGCCUAACCAGGCUGACUUUAUCCAGACUAGAAAGCUGACUGACUGUCUGAAAUCAUAUGGUGUGUUUGAGGACGACUUGGAGCUGCAGCACAGAGAGAAAGUUGUGAAAAAACUGGAGUUGCUCUUUAAGGAGUGGCUCAAAGAAAUGUGUGUAGAAAUGAAUGUACCUGAGUUGGUAACGGAAAAGGUUGGGGGCAAAGUCUUUCCAUUUGGCUCCUAUCACCUGGGAGUUCACUCAAAAGGUGCUGACAUUGAUGCUCUCUGUGUUGGACCUGGGUUUCUUGAGAGAAAGGACUUCUUCACGUCCUUCUAUGAGAAGCUGAAAGCCCAGGAGGAGGUCAAAGGCAUACGGGCUAUUGAGAAGACAUAUGUCCCUGUCAUCAAACUGAACUAUGAAGGAACUGAGAUUGACUUAACCUUUGCCCAGGUGGCACUGAAGAGCAUUCCUGAAAAUCUGAACCUUCUUGAUGACAAGAUGUUGCAGAACAUAGAUAAACGCUGCGCCAGGAGUCUCAAUGGCUACAGAGUUACGGAAGAAAUCCUCAGCCUUGUGCCUAACAUUUAUAACUUCAGACUCGCUUUGAGAGCCAUCAAGCUGUGGGCCAAACGGCGUAACAUUUACUCUAACAUGCUGGGCUUCUUGGGAGGUAUAUCAUGGGCCAUACUGGUCGCCAGAAUUUGUCAGGUGUACCCAAAUGCUAUAGCAUCCACCCUGGUGAUCAAAUUUUUUAAGGUCUACUCCAUGUGGGUGUGGCCAAUCCCAGUUCGCUUGAGGAUAGUAGAGGAUUACUACUACAACCUUCCUUUUUGGGAUCCCAGGAUUAAUCUAAGUGACCGCUGCCACAUAAUGCCCAUCAUUACCCCAGCAUACCCACAGCAGAACACGUCAUUCAAUGUGACUCCCUCCACCUUAACCAUCAUAACAGAAGAGAUGGAGCGGGGCCUUGUCAUCGCUCAGGAAAUACAGCAGGAAAAAGCAGACUGGUCCAAACUCUUUGAAACGCCAAACUUUUUUGAGAAGUACCAGUAUGUAUUAAACUACUUAGAAAAAAAUAAUUAUUGCCAUGUACAAAAUAUGCGCACAUACACACUGCUUCCUAAAAUAAGGACAUUUGCUCCAAAACUGUUUUUAAUUGUUUAUCAUUUUUAACAUACUGUAUACCUUAUAUACCCAUUUUCCUAAUAAAACUGGAAAUACUUUCUAAUUCUUUCCUAACUACCCUAGCUUGUAUCCAGUUCAAAAUCAAAUGAUUUUGUUGUGUGUGUACUGUUUUGUAUCUUUUAUUCUGAAUUAUGGAGACUUCAUUCAUUAAUUUGUUUUUACUCAUUGUAUUUUACAGUGCAUGACUUUGUAUUUAGGUUUAUUUGGUGAUUUGUCUCUUAAUGCAGGCUCAUUGUGUUCUCCAUAAUGAAACUGAUACGGUCUUGUUGUAAAUUGACCAGGAUUUGCACCUAACAAUUCUUGAACAGCAACUGUGUAAUGCAUGUCCAAAACAAUUUUUGCUAUUAUUAAUUGAAAAUGUGGAUUGAAGCCUGUUCAAGUUAUUUAAGAAGUGGAUCAUCUUUUGUUUGUUAUUGUGACAGACUUAUAUUUGUUCCAGUUUUUUUAAUGAAUGUGCAGACAAGUUUUUGCUUUCUGCUGUUAUUAAUUGAAAAUGCUGACUGAAGUCUGUUCAAGUCAUUUUAGGGGAAGCGGAUCAUCUGUUUGUUUUCGGUGUGGAUUUAUGGCAUUUUUAAUGUAAUUUCUAAGCCCUCCAUAUGCUCUUUCAGACUUAAAUGUGCACUUAAUUUUGAUGGUUGAAUACUGAUUGUUUUGAUGGAUUUGCAGAUGGUUUGAUGGUUUCUGUUAGUAAUUCAAAAUACGGACUGAGGCCUGUUAUAAAGUAUUUGAAAAAUGUGAUCAUGUCUUUAUUGCUAAGUGAACUGUUGAGGUUUUGAAUAUGUGCUGCCUGACUUGACUUUAUUGUUGUGUCCGAACCUUCAUACUGAGUUUCUAUCUUUUCUCUUGAGUUUAAUCUGAAGUCCUGUUUGAAUAAA